AUGGCCUCAUCAGAGAAGCUGAUCACUGUCUUCGGCGCCACAGGUAGCCAAGGCGGCGCCGUCGUCCGCUCCCUGUUGCAGAACAAGAACGCCGCUUUCAAGGUCCGCGGAACGACCCGCAACACCGACUCUAAAGCAGCUAAAGCGCUCUCAUCGCUCGGCGUAGAAGUGAUCAAGGCCGACGGUUUCAACAAGGAUGAGAUGCUCGCAGCGUUCAAGGGGAGCUGGGGCGUUUUCGUGAAUACCAGCUCACACGAUCCUGCUUUCAACGUUCCCGGCGGUCCUACUGAGCUCAAUUUGGGGAAGACCAUCAUCGAUGCCGUGGCCGAGGCGGGCGUGAAGCAUCUCGUGUACAGUUCACUAGUAUCAAUUUCCGAGAUGACAAAUGGCGAGCUCGCCAAUGCCGAGUUUGAUGAGAAGCAUGAGACGGAGAUGUACGCCUAUUGCAAAGGCUUCGAGUCUUUCACCGCCGUCCGCGCUGGCUGGUACUUGGAAAACUUUCUGGACGAGCACUUUGCCCGGUUCCUCGGCGGCUUUCCGUUUACUGCCGACGAAGAAGGCUACCUCACCUUUACGACCCCGCGGUGGGGAGGCAGCGAGGAAGUUCCCUUUAUCAGCAUCACGCAUGACUUCGGUGAUGUGGUCCACGGCAUCUUUCUGAAUCCGGAGAAGUGGAAUGGCGAGGUAGUGCAGGGUGUGAGCGAGCCGAUGUCGUUUGAGGAUAUGGCGAAGACAUUCGAGAAGGUGACUGGCAAGAAAUCCCGCUUUAAUGCCUUAGCCUCAUGGGAAGACUUUGAAGGCCACGGCAUCAAGCCCUUGGAGAACAUCAGGAUUAUGUUCCAUUUCACUCAGAUGACGGGCGGGCGGUACUUUGGCGCGCCCAACGAUACAAGCGCGGCCGGGAAGCUGAAAGCUGCCGCUGCGGAAGCGAAGGGCGUGGCAGACGGUAAGCUGAUGACGGUUGAGAAGUUCUUCAUAGACAAAUUUCAAAGAAAGUAA